AUGUUAUCCAUUAAACCAUUAAUAACUCCAACUUUAAUAAGUAAAUUAUUUGAUCGAUUUCCUUUACUUCACUAUGAUUCUAUUCAGGUCCAAUCACCUCUUGAUACAUCAUGUAAUUUAUUAUUUAUUCAAUCUGAAGAAGCAUUAGAACAAAAACCAUCAUAUGAUCUUGAAUCAUUAAGAUGGCAGACAUAUUUUAUAUUUUCUAAGAUCCCUCAUGUAUUAGUUCCUUCAACACCCUAUGCAUCAUCAUCAAAUAAACUACCAUUCUUUAUACCAAGUAAUUCAUCUAUACCCUUUGCUUUGUCAUCUACAGAAUUUCAAAAUUGGCUUUUAUUACAAGGAGUUAAAGAUUUUUCUGAAAAGGAACCAUUACUGUCUGCAGAUACAGAUAGUUAUGUUUCUUUGGUUGAAAAUACACUUUAUGAUGCAUGGUAUUAUGGAUUUUUUAUAGAACCAGAGAAUUUUAAGCAAGUUACAAGUUUAUUAUAUAUUAAAGAUGCCUGGCCUAUUUGUAUUUUUACUAAAUGGCAAUUUCAAAAUCAAAUUAGAAAAAAGCUUUCCGUUAGACAAAAAACAGGACUUUUAAACGCAAAAGAAAUUUAUGCAGAUGCUUCACAUGCCUUACAUGCACUUUCUGUUAAAUUGGGUCAAGAUAAAUGGUUUUUUGGAGCAGAAGAUCCAAGUUAUAUUGAUGCGACCCUUUUUGCUUAUACACAUCUAGUCUUAUCAAUAAACUUGCCUGAUGAUACACUUGCUCAUGAAAUAAAAAAACAUGAAAACCUGGUUAAACAUGCAGAAAGAGUCUUAAAUAUAUGUUUUCCAGAGAAAUAA